UGUCUUUUUGGAGAUGGAAUCAAACUCCCAAUUCCUCACAAAUCAACAAAUUGAAACAAGAAUUGAAGAAGCAGCAACAUUAAUUAACGUGCAAAACGAAGUACGAGCUCAAAUUAUUGAAAAAAUAGCAGAAAAGAAGUCAGAUAAAUAUUUUUUACUUGAAAGAUUGAAGGAGCUAUUGCCUGACGAAUAUAUAAUAUGGACAAUAGAGUGGGAAAGAUAUGACUAUGAUUUACAAUAUAUUUGGGAUACAAAAACUCUCACUUCAGUAGAAAAGGAACCUUUAUCUAUUAAGACUUUGUGUUACAAAACACAACAUGGGAGUAAAACUUUGGCUGAUGAAAAGAGGAUUUUUAGGGAAAUGAGAAGAGCAAAGGAAAUAGGAAGGGAAAUUAUAAGUCCUACAGACACAAAAAUGAAUCAAAAUCAGGUCACAUUUACUGAAAUACAGAAUAUGAGGAGAGAAAAGAGAAUUUUCAAUCACAAUGUGGAGAAUCUCAAGAAAGAAUUGGAAUCUAUUAAAAAUGAGAUUAAAUCUUUGGAAAAUAGUUUAUAUGCCAUAAAUCAAAAGAAGGGGGAAAUAUAUGCUGCCAUUCUUCAGCUUAAAAAGCAAAACUACACUUCUUAGUUAACAAACUAUUUUUAUGCUAUGUAGUUCAUUUUUAUCAGUUCAUGUGUCAUUUUUUUUUAUGAAUAUUUGGUUAUUGUAAUGUUUGAUAUUGUUAUUUUAAAUAUUUUGUGCCCUUUAGUUGUACCUUAUAAUAAAAAUUAAAAUUUUUAUUCACGC